GGUAGUAGACGGUCGGUGACAUGGCGAAAGUGAGUAGUGGCGUGGUAUAAAAGCGAACAGCUUUCGAGGGUUGGUGAGUGGUACAGCCUCUGAGGCCGCGCGCGUCUAGCCCUGACACACGACGACACCAUGAGAAUUCACGCGUGUGUUCUGCUUGUGAAUCUCUGCCUUGUGCUGGUGGCGACUGAGGACAAGACAAGGAAGAUAAACGAAGCGAAAUCUCUGUCUAAAUCGCAAACUAAGGAAGCGGAGAAAUCAUCUGAAACCCGGAAGUCAGUCGAGUUGAAGCCGGAAAAACGAGGUGCACUUCGUCAAGAUGCGAUCCAGGAAGCAUCGAAGGAGGUCGGCGAAGAAGGAGGGGGUCCGCCGAGUCACGUCACCGAAGUGUCCCACCACAGACCCGUCGUGAUCGAGAAGGUCGUACACGUGCACGUACCUGUGCCCCACCCUUAUCCCGUGGAGUACGUCAAGCACGUGCCGUACCCAGUCCAGGUCCCGGUGCCCGUCGUCGUCCACAAACCAUUUCCGGUUCCCGUUCCCAAACCUUACUACGUCACAGUUGAUGAGAAGGAGUCGUAUCCCGUCGUGAAACAUACUGACGAGGUUCCUGUCAAGGUCCCCGUACAAAUUCCUAGUUCAGCCCGUCUGCCUCUAUCUCAAUCCACCAUCAGACUUCUGUCUUUAUUUACCAAGCAACGCCCUGACAGUCACAAAAUCGACAAACAACAAACAUAUAAAACAAGUCAACAUGGAGUCAGCGCCCCUGAAACUCAAAAAGUCAGUGUCCCUAAAGAUAAUUAUGGAAUUCACACUCAGUAUGACGACGUGAAGUUUUAUAACAUUCCUGAAAUAAAUUACGAACGCCCUAGUUUUCAUGAACCCAGUCCCUACCAGAAUUAUCCUGAAGCAUAUCACGAAAUACAGCCAGCUGGAAUCAACAGCUUCGAGUUCAAUAUUUUUGAAGAUCACGAAGGGCGUUUAAGUGCAGGCCUCGAGGGAGGCGGGUAUUUGAGUCAUGGGGACGGAUUCAGUUACCAGCGAUUCAAGACCUGUUAAUACGAAAAUCACACUACGAUCAACGAAAUAAAAUCCUCAAUUUCAUUCAUCACAACAAAUAUCGAACAAUUUAAGAUCUCGACAGUUGGUGCAGCAUCACAGUGAAUUCCCCAGGUUCUGAUUGGUGGAAAGAACAUGGUCUACUCUUAUUCCUUCUUCCGUACAGAAUAGGGCACGUUUCAUAAAUAAAAUUGACAACAAUUUCACGUUUCAUUUUAACACGUACAACACUCAAUUUUUUUUAUAAAUACGCCUUAUUUAUAUAAAAAAUUAUCAAUGCAACUAAUUAUCACAAAUAUCUUCGUUACAAAUUUCGCUGGCUUCAUUAAAGGAAAUCACAAUCUAUGGUGAGGUUAUUAAAUGGACGACUAGAAGCAAAUGUAACACAUGUAACAUACAUCACAUGAUCACAUAAGUAACCAAAUCGUAUAAGAAAUGAGAAAAAGUUUGCAUGAUAUUCAAGGUCACAUCAGGAACAGAACACAUUAGAACAAAGCCCCACAGUAAUUUUAAAUUCAGCAGCAAACGAUACUAAGAAAGUCUAUAAGUAACAUACAAAAUGACUAGGCAUAAAUAUGUAAUCUGUGUAUUUUUAAAUUUUUUAUAUAUAUUUUUAAAUAUAUUAAUCGUUUUUGAGGUAUAAGAAUUAUAACACGUGAAACCACUGAAGAUGGCUGAAAUUAUACGAAACACACCGGGGGGGAUAACACAUUUGAGAUUGUCACGGCAAAGUAUAUGUCGAUUCCUAUCCUUGGAUUCCAACGCCGUGUGACCUAACUACAAAAUCACAACGUCCUUCAAAUCAGGAGGCCCCCAAGGACAGGUACAGGGACACAUGCACUGAACAGCUGUAUUUGAUUUCACAAAAAAUCAGCAUAAUACCAAUUAAAACCAGUUUAAAAAAAUGUCCUUAUUUGUUUCGAUGGUAAGUAAGAAAUUAAAUUUGGGGAGGCUCAAAAACUGCUGACCGAAAGAUUAAAAAUGUGACAUGGGAAAAUUAAGAUACAACACAUUAUUAAUAUUUAGGACAAAUUAAGCCCGUUCUAUGGCGAAAUAUUUCGUCUGAUUGAUGGGACCUGUUUCGAAGAAGCUACAUGACGCCACGCGGAGACAACAUUCGCCCCAUCGCUUCAUAUCAUGCGUGGUCAUACACAGACACGGAGGUAGGAACUGAUGUUAGUUAAUAAUAAAUGUUUUCUAAAACUGUAUAGUAA